AUGCUGAUUGAAAAUGUUUUGCUCUCACUGCUCUCCUCCUCCCUGAUUUUGGGCAUCUCUGCCCGAGGUUAUGGUAUGGAUACUGCAAAUAGGUUAAAUGACCCAUCAUGUACCGGACAUGGACCUUGGGCCACAAUAACCGCUACUCAAGCUACGGGCACCAGUGCUCCCAUAGCUGGAAGGGGUCCUCAACAUCAACCGAAUUGUAGUCAUUUAUGGGCUAAUAAUCCUGAAGAAGAUUGGUUGUUCGCAUCACUCUGUUCAUGGGCACAAUCAAAUCCAAAUUGGGUAUUAUCACACCUUGAUUGGGCAUUAGAUUUCAAAGAUUUUAAUGAUACUCCAGCUAUGAAUUUCUCGACUUAUGACGAUUCACUUAAUCUACUGAAUCCUCUCACUAUCUCGUAUCAGGGGGUGAACAAGGAUGGUAAUUCGAAUCCUAAUGAUGCUUGGUGGGGAGGAGGUUUCCGAAACGCUUUAUUGUCCAAUGGAUAUUCCACCGUGGAUGAAAAAAAUAAUUUCAGGAAUGGUUCAAGUGAAGAUGCCAAUGGAUCCGUCAGGGAUUGGGCAGGUUAUUGGGCUUUGCAGCACUUGAUUGGACUGUCAGCUACGAGGGAAAAAGCUGACCAGAUCAAUGAGGUGAUUUGGGAUAUGUGGCUGCAAAAAUCUGAUCAUUCACCCAUCACGAUUCUCACUAGUCCAACCACAACUUGUUUGAAUCGGAAUAGGUAUUAUUCAAUUACAAGAAACGAUCCAACUAAUGAUAAUAUCGUACUGUGGGAUCCUACUGUAGGAGGAGCUGCUGGAUAUGUCGUGCUGGAUUCAAAGCAACUUAAAAAAGAUACUCUUUGGUUAUUCCAUCUAGAUUGGCCUCGUUAUUCUGAUAAACCCAGAAAAUCACAAUCUGUUCUCAAUUAA